AGUCAGUGGUAGACACCACGGUUUACGAGCCUCCAGUGAGUGCAAAGUUGUAUCCCUAUCGUACACCAACACUAACUACGGUACUGUCCUCAGUAGUUUACAAAUUAGGGCUUGCUUUUCAGAGAGAGGAACGUCAGGGCUUUUCAGCGAGAAGCAUACAUACCUUUGAAAAGCUUCAGGCUUGAGGUCGCCGUUGAGGUUGAAAGAAGGACCAAGUGUCGGUAUCUGAUGGAGGCUCAAAUUCAAGAAUCAGUUCCUUGUAGGCCUCAGGUCAAGGUGAAAUUCCAGCUUGGUUCAGAAACAUAUUCUGUCAAUCGAAACACGGGCAUUCUUUCCGAGCAAGUGGUUUCUGUUAAAGAAGAAAGCAUGAACAUAUUGAAGGACUUCAUCACCAGACAUAAUGUUCCUAAUGACGUCACCGAUGAACUUGUUGAAAACUCCUCGGAAGAUGAUGGUGAAAUCCCUGAGAAGCCUCCUGUCAAGUUGAAGAAGACUAAAUUUACUUGAUUGCCUUUCUAUGCCCAGGUUUAAACCCCAAAACUGUUUGUGGAGUGCUCCUUUUGAUGUCUUAGAUCAACUUUUUGAACUACAUCUGGAAUUACCCAGCGUUAGCUACUUUUGCAAUAUGAAGUGAAGUGCUUAUGUUUUCAAGUUUGACAAAACUACUUUUUGAACUAUCAGCUUUUGAAAUUCA